AUGCUGUGUUCAAGGCCAUCCAUCAAAGAUGUGAGUCUUCCACAGUGGAGAGACCAACCGGGAUCCUUCUCCAGUGACCCUUUGUCCCCAAGAAUUGGCUGCAUGGGUCAGGUGAAGAGGCACAACAAAAUAGUUGGACUCCUCACCACCAAAAGUAACACCAGCAGCAGCAUCAUUUCCCCUAGUGUCAAGUAUUCCAAGCUUAAAAAACUCUUCUCUGGCAAAAACUUAGGCACCAGCACCACCACCAUUGCUACUGCACCUACUGCCUCCAGCUGUGGAAGUAGGCCAAGAGUAACAGUAAAUAGUGCAAAUGUGCUCAGGAACCACAAACAUAGGUGUAGGAGGAGUGAGAAUGUUGUUCCCAUAAGCAUUGAAAACAUGGAUCCUCCUCUACCUGUGAUCAAGAGAGUGAAGAAGCCAGAGGAAGAGAGACAAGUGGAUAGUCUUUGGAAAAGAAGGUCAGGUGGGGCUGCAUUGAAAAGUUUACAGAUUCACCAUUCAAGACAUCAUCCUCAGCUUACAAGUGUUUGA